GCUGUUUGAUCUCUCGGGCAAACAAACCCUAGAGAGAACAAGUUUGCCCAUUUUUCAAUUCCCCGUUCCCCUUCGAUCCCCACCCGAGCUUCCGCAGGCCCACCGACCCGACCCUGUCCAUCCUUUCUUCUUAAUUCUGGUUGCCGGUUUCUACAGUCAUCCCCUUCUUCUCCUCCUACUUCUCCUUCUCGCGGCUGUUUACUUUCCUUGUGGACGACCCACGCCGCGGCUCGUGAACUUAUCCUUCUGUCGCUGUUGCCACCGUUUUUUCCUAUAUUCCUCCGCUACAAUAGGCCAUUGUUAUCUGAUCGAUAUUCCUUUUCCCACCCAAUACUUCCACCGACUCUCGUUCUCAUUUUGGCCCAUUUCGACACGCCUCGCAAUUAUUUUGCAGUAAUAUGUGAGUUAAGUUGCAGAAUUAUUUGCAAACAAUAACAAAAGAAGCACGGCGGCGAUGGUUAUCUAAUCAAUCGAGAGGCGACUUAAUAAAAUGGGGAGAGGAGGAAAAGUCGUAUAUACAAGGACCGGUGGCCGACCCAAGAAGAAGAACUAUAGAGAAGAAGACGAGGAUGACGAGAGUUAUGUCGCGGAAGAGGAGGAGAGCUCCUCCGAAUCCGAUAAUCCCAAUGACGAGAGCUUCGAUGGUAGCCAUGCCAAUACUAGUGCCAGUUCUGCUGCGGCGGACGAUGGGAUGCCUAAUGCUAAACCGAAAUCUCGAAGAGGCUAUUAUUCUGGCCGGUGGAGAUCUAGGGUUUCGGAUUACGAGGAGUUGGAGGACGAUGACUACGAGGAUGACGAGGACUUCUCGCCGGAUGCUACUGACAACGAGGAUUGGGAAGAAGAUUCACUGGUCUUGGGUGAUAUCCAUGGUUCUGCUAGGAGAGGGACUACUAAACAGCGACAAAAGAAACUGAAUAAGAAGGUUUCCAAGCCAAACUUUAGCGGCAGAUCGAGUAAGGUGGCCUCCGCACCAGGAAGGAGGAAGCAGAGGAGAGGGGAGGCUAGCUCGGAUGAUGAAGGCAGCUUUUUAAAGGGACGGCCUGCCGCCAAGAGACGUAGAAAAGGUUCGAAGAAGGUGAGCAAGAGGACGGCUAAGUCCAGAUCAGCUAGGAAGAAGAGUUCGCCAAUCGAUUCAGAUUCGUUUGAUUCUGAUUUUUUGACAUCCGAUGAUGAUCUUUCCUUUAAGGCUCGGGUUGCGGUGGAUAGAUCUAAGAAUAGAAAGAGAACCAAAUCCGUGAAGAGAAAGAAGAAGUUGAAAGGGGAUUCCGACACGUCAGAUUCUGAUUUUGUGGUUUCCGAUAAAGACCUUUUGGACAAUGAUGUUGUUGUGCUUGCUAGGCCGAGGAAGAUUAGCAGGACUGAGAGGAAGAAUGCGAGGGCAUCUAGAAAACAACUGUCAGUGGAAUCUGAGUGCACUGAUUCUAAUAAUGAGGUUUGUGAAAAUGAAGUAAAGGAUCUGAAGAUUGAGAGGGCCUUGAAUAUGCGGAGACAUGAGGGGUCUUCUGGAAGAAAGGGUAAGGAGAAAGAAGCUGAUGAUUUGGCUAAGCAGCUUUGCGGGAUCUGCCUGUCUGAGGAGCAUAAGGGGACCAUUCAAGGAAUUUUGAACUGCUGUUCUCAUUACUUCUGUUUUUCUUGCAUUAUGGAGUGGUCAAAGGUGGAAUCUCGCUGUCCUCUUUGUAAGAGGAGGUUUGUCACCAUCACCAAAUCUUCUAGAUCUGAUCCCAUGUUAGAAAUGAGAAGGCCUGUGAUAAGAGUUCAGAUGCGUGACCAGAUUUACCAGCCUUCUGAAGAAGAAUUAAGGGUAUUAUUGGAUCCAUAUGAAGAUGUUGUUUGCAUGGAAUGCCAUCAAGGAGGGGAUGAUAGCUUAAUGUUGCUGUGCGAUAUAUGCGACUCUUCUGCUCAUUCAUACUGUGUUGGUCUUGGGAGUGAAAUACCUGAGGGAAACUGGUAUUGUGAGUGUUGCAAGCUUGCUGAUGAAGGAUCUUUACAUUCCCAAGUUCUAGAUCGAGGAGCAAGCAGUAGUCAUAUGUCCCAUGGUGCAGUUGAAGAGAAUUGCUCUAGAAAUUUUCAAAGCAGUUCAAUCUUUCAAAGAUCAGUUUCACAUGGUCAAUCUUCUUCACAAGGAUUUGAUCUCAAUGCGCCACCCAGAAAUUUCAUAGAGGAUAAUGGAGUUCUAAAUUCAUCACAGGCAUCUGGAACUGGGGCAUCAACACUUUCUGGUAGGCGUGCUAUACACCAACGCAUCAGAGUAUUUUUUUCUAACAACAGGGCAAGGCAGCUCUUUGCUGGACCUAAUGGGACAGACACUUCUUUACAUACUGAAGCAUUGCACUCAGUACUGGAACAAAAUAGGGAACAAUCAUGCACCUCAGAGAGGCCAAAUUCCUUGCAUUCUGUUUCUGUUACUGCACAGCAACAUGAAAGCAGCAGGAAUUUUCUGCACACCAACUCUAAUUUGGUUCCAUUCAUGUCUAAUGGAGGAAAUUUUCGACAUGUGGAAGGUGCGAAGGAGCAAAUCCAAUCCAUGGUAAAAAGCUGCCUAAACAGGAUGCGCAGAGAGGUCCCACUAGAGCGGUAUACUUACAUGAAGAUAGCAAGGAAAGCUACCCACACGAUUCUGGCAGCAUGUGAAAUUCAGCAUUGUAGUAGAGUAGUUUCCUCUCUUCUGCAGCCUCCGGACAAAUGCUGCCAUGAUUUGGAUAGCGGACCAGUAAAUUUACUCAGAGGUUGCUGUUCAUUUUGUUUCGGUGAAUUUGUAAAAGAUGUUGUGAAAAUGAUUGUUGAAACAUUAUAAAUUACAUUUUAUCAGGUCCCCAGAACUGAACUAAUUUCCAACUUCUGGAUGCCAAGAUGUUUUUUUUUUUAAUUUUUAAAUGCUAAAUUUAUUUAUAUGAGGUUAUUUUUCUUCAAA